GCUCCCUCCCUUCCCAUACCACUCCCAUUAAUCUCCAUUUAAAAGAGUUACAUAUUGGAGAACUGAAACGGCAGAAAUCCCAAACACUAGAGGUUAUUUUUGCCGGACUAGUCAGUUUCUAGGCACAAUCAUGGAUUACUUCUCUAAGGGUAGCAUGGCUCAUUUGGCUGUGAUUUCUAUUCUUUUCUCUGGACUACUCUAUCUUUGCAUAUGGUCUCCUCCUUCCUUCUCCAAGUCUCUGACCAACAUAAGCAUUCCCAAAGAUGAACUUACAAUAGCUUUGGACAGAGCUUCAAUGGGGAAUAAGACUGUGAUAAUAGCUAUAGUAAACAAAGCUUAUAUUCAGAGGGAUAAUCUGGAGAAGACAAUGUUUGAUCUGUUCUUAGAAGGCUUCUGGUUAGGAGAAGAUACAAGAGGCUUGUUGGAUCACCUUCUGGUUGUGGCAAUGGAUCAAGUGGCUUAUGAUAGGUGCAAGUUCUUGAGGUUUCACUGCUACAGAUUGGUGACAGAAGGUGUGGAUUUCAGAGAGGAGAAAAUUUACAUGUCUAAAGAUUUCAUAAUGGUGAUGUGGAAGAGAACCCAAUUCCUUGGUGAUGUUCUCAAGCAUGGCUACAACUUUAUCUUCACGGAUACAGAUGUUAUGUGGCUAAGGAAUCCAUUCUUGAAACUGAUCAAAGAUGAAGAAGCUGAAGAUGAUCUCCAAAUCAGUUGUGAUGGCUUCAAUGGAAACUCACGUUCUGAAGCCAACCAAAUUAAUACAGAUUAUUUUUCCCUCAAAGAAACCAAUACCACAACCUUUGGACUAAGGAAAGGUUGGUCUCCCAUUGAAGUCUUUCAAGCUGCUCAACGCUCUCACAAUGAAUUUUGGGAAGCUUCUAAAUUAUCAUCCAACUGCAACAACUCAUCUCCUACUCAGCAACAUUUUUCUCCUCAACACUGGACACCACCUCAAGCUGACCUCUUGAAGAUCAACUGUAACGCGGCAUAUGAUGAUGAGACCAACACAGGAGGUUUGGGGGUGAUUGGAAGAUCAGCAAUGGGAGCUCAGAUUUUUGCUAUCUCAGUCCCAUCUUAUUUUACAGAAAUUAUUACAGAGAGGCUUUGACAAUCAGGUUGGGUAUGCUACAAGCACUGGAAAACAACACUUCAAAAGUUCAGAUUUAAUCUGAUAGCUCCGAACUGAUCCGCUACCUUAAUGAGAAAUCAUCUACCUUUCCUUAUGCUGUGGAUCCUAUAAACCAA